AGUCGUUCGAGUAAGCAACCGAGACUCAGUCUCGCAUCUUCAAAUAGCCUCGCAUGUUCUCUCGGGGCCUCCUCACGCCGGCCGAGAGGCAAUGCCAUAUAUGUGCGCUCGGGCUCUCCCGACAACGACGAGCGUGGUCGAUCGCCUCUCGACAGGUAUCUACGACAGCGGCGGUGGAGAAGCAGCAACGAGCUUUUCCGAGGGAAGGAGACCGAACCAUCUAUGAAUCGUUUGCUUCUCGGCUCGGCAGUGCGAACGUCGGUCGCAAUGGUGGGGGUGGCAGUCGGAGUGGACCUGGUGAUAAAUCGAGAGGAUUCGAUCAGCGAGGUCUGGGACAGCGUCGAUCGAGACGUCCGAGUCAUGGCAGAUUGCCCAAUGAGACGAAACCGGCGCCGACUUUGGAGCAGCUGAGAAACACCCUGAUACGGAGGUUAGAGCCCUGGAUAUACUCGGAGACUACGUUGAAAAAGCUCGACUCGCUAGGCAUCGGGAUGGAGGACGCCGAGGCGCUGCUCAACGAUUUUCAAGGCGUGGCGAUCAAGUCGCUGAAGGGUCCUGGUUUCGGAGCUGGUACAUCGCAGACCACCGAGACCCCUGAAGCUCCAUUCGCCCUUGAAUGGGACGUCGAGGGUUUGACAUUGUCGUUUCAGCAUGACGCCGACUGGCUGAAGUCGGUAGAGAGGGCGUACCUGCGUCAAUUCUUGCGGUGGGCGACGCACGAGCAAACGACUGGCAUGUUCUCACUGCCUGAACCUCUGGUCGUACGUAUCCGGGAGAUCUUGGAGACGACCGACCUCUCGCAUCUCGCCUCUCAGUUCAACGAGGCCAGGGAGAUGCAUCGGCAGUUUCACCUACACAUCGGGCCGACUAAUAGUGGCAAGACUUAUAAUGCGCUCAAGGCGUUGGCAAAGGCCAAAACAGGAGCAUAUGCAGGACCGCUCCGACUGCUCGCCCAUGAGGUCUGGGAACGGAUGAACAGGGGUACGGUUGGCGGGUUGGAGGAUGGCCAGGGGAGGGAAUGCAACCUGAUCACCGGGGAAGAACGUCGAAUCGUCUCGCUCGAGGCCGGGUUGACGAGCUGUACAGUCGAGAUGUUGUCCUUCAACACACCGUUGGACGUCGUGGUCAUCGAUGAGAUCCAGAUGAUCGGAGACUCUCAGCGAGGAGGUUCGUGGACCAACGCCGUGAUGGGGCUUUUGGCCAAGGAGAUCCAUCUGUGCGGGGAAGAGACCGUCGUUCCCGUCAUACAAAAGUUGGUUGCUGCCAUGGGCGACGAACUGGUCAUCCAUCGAUACGAGAGGUUGACUCCGCUCAAAGUCUUGAACGAGUCUCUCGGUGGUGACCUGUCCAAGGUCGAGGACGGAGACUGUGUCGUCUCUUUCAGCCGGUCAGGCAUCUUUGCAUUGAAGAAAACGAUAGAGGAGAAGCGAGGAAAACGCUGUGCCGUGGUGUACGGCGCUCUGCCACCAGAAACGAGGAGUGAGCAGGCGAGGCUGUUCAACGAGCCGGGGAACGGGAUUGACGUGAUGGUAGCAAGCGAUGCCGUCGGUAUGGGCCUCAACUUGAAAAUUAAGCGAAUCAUCUUUGACACGCUGCACAAGUGGAACGGCAAGGAGGAGGUCUUGAUGUCGUUCUCACAGAUCAAGCAGAUUGCGGGUCGAGCGGGGCGGUUUGGGCAGCACGAUGCUGGGUCCGAGGGAGGCGUGACGACGCUCAACGAGCAGGACUUGCCGUUGUUGCGUCAGAUCUUGCCUUCUCCCCUGACACCGGUUCCUCGAGCGGCUAUCGAACCGGGAUAUGACCGCUUGGCUCGGUUGGCUUUGUUGCUGCCAGAAGAGACGCCUUACGCGAAUCUGCUGGAGACCUACGAGAACUUGGUCCACCUAUCACCGGCAUGCAUGCCGUCGGCCGUGCUACCGCAUAUCAAACUCUCCGAAUUGCUCAAGGGGUUCACCAAGGAUCUCACUCUCAAGGAGAUGGUCACGUUCGGGUUUGCGCCGGUCAACUUGCGGGACGGCAAGGUAGUGUCGGCAUUUCAAAACUACGUCAGCGCAUACGUCAACGAGGGCGAGGUCCUACUCGAGUCGGCAUUAGAAAGCGGUCGUUUAGUACCCAACCUCGAACUGGUCGAAAAGACGAGCAAGACGAUGCAUAGUCCGACCGAGAGUGAGACCCGGGCUGGAGCUGUGCCUUCACCUAUUCCGGCCACCAUCGUCACCGCCAUUCCGGGCCUAGAGUCGCUUCACAAGGCGCUGGUUCUCUACCUCUGGCUCUCGUUUCGACUCCCGCUCAACUUUCCCGAUCGGACGGCAGCGAGCGAGCUCAAAUUGAGGACCGAGGUGAUGCUCGACUUUUGUCUCGAACGGCUACCUGGUUUGAAACGCAAGCGAGGGCUGAAACAUAACAAGCGAGGGAGCAAGGCGGAGCAAGCGGCACUCGAGGCCAUGCCUCGGGAUACGCUCGAAAAGAUCAAGUGGAUACCGCGAGAAAAAAUCGAUACGUUGAAACAUCAACAGCAGUACGGGAAUCUCGACGUCUUGCCUGAUGACCGUCUGUAGAUCAUAUAAUCUGUCGAAUGAAUACCCCACGUGAUUUGCCCGAUGUAUCCUUGUAACGACAUCACCGUGUUCAUAUCUCGAGCCGGUGGCCGUGGUGACCAAUCAGAAGCGCGUCGUUUUGGCGCGCAGAAGCCCGGAACCGCUGCGUGGGGGUUAGCGAACAUUCACAAGUUGACAAGCAGCUAUCCC